AUGCCUAUCCUGGCGCGACGAGAAUCUUUCGAGCGUCACAACAUCUAUCAAGAUGUCCAAGCCGAUGCGCAAAAGUCGGGCGUCGCCGUCGAAGAAGUUGUCACCGCUCGAAUCACAGAUGACCAUUUGAUCACCAAAUCGCGGGAGGCUUUGAACUUGAAGUCUAGAGCUGGAUUCCGCAUUUUCUUGUACAUGAUGGUCAUGGGCGCAAAUCAGGCCGCCUACGGUAUCGAUUGGGGUGUUAUCAGCAGUAUCAACUCCAACGUUCACUGGCAUGAAUACUUUGGCUUCGAAAACAGUGGCUCGACACUUGGUGUUAUUAAUGCUCUCAUGACCAUUGGUAACUUCUGCGGUGCUCCGUUCCUUUGUUUCUCUGAUAAGAUCGGUCGACGAAGCGUCAACUUUAUCGGUUGUUUCCUCACUAUCGUCGCAGCUCUUAUUCAGUGCUUCUCGCCAAAUGUCAAGUUGUUCAUGUUUGGUCGUUUCGUCCUGGGUUUUGGAACUGCCCUUUGUACCAGCUCUCAGUACAUCGCCGAGAUCGCACCUCCUCAUAUCCGUGGCAUCGUUGGUAUCUUUGGUGCCUUCUUCCAGGUCGGUUCCUUAGCUGUCGUUGGUAUCAUGAUGGGCUUUACACACUGGGAAAGCAACUGGAGCUGGCGGGUGGCCUUCCUCAUCCAGGCCAUCUUUCCUCUCUUCGUCUGCGCCACCAUCUACUCGCUCUGCCCUGAGUCUCCUCGUUACAUGGUCAUGAAAGGCCAGAGGGAAAAGGCUCGACUUACAAUUUCUCAAUACUUCACCUCCUCCGAGGAUGUCAACCAUCCGUUUGUGGAUGUCAUGAUGUCUCAGAUCGAUGAGUCCAUUGAGACUUCGGCAGUUGGCUUCCGUGCCACCUGGGACUUCCGCGUCUUUUUUACCAAGGCUGUGUGGUUCCGCACAUUCAUCCUUCUUAUCUACUCAAUCUUUCAGCAGUGGAACGGUGGCGGUAUUAUUGGUCUCUACUUGGAUCCGGCACUUCAAACCAUCGGUAUUACUAAGAAACUCGAUGUUCUGGGUAUCAAUUUGGGACUGACCGCCACAUACUUCGUUUUUACUCUCUUUGGUGCCUACCUUGUUGAGUACUUCCGCCGACGAACCUUGAUCUUUGUGGGUUUGAUCUGCAUCAUUGUCGCCCAGACAGCCGUCACCAUCACCAGUUGGCGCGUGGAGGUGCAAGGAGAUAAAUAUCUCUCCUACCUUACCGUCAUGUGGAUCUUCUGUUUCCAAGUUUGCAGUGCCUCUUUUAUUGCGACCAUGCACAAUUUGUACCCUGUUGAACUGCUGUCCCUGCCUCUACGAGCAAAGGGUAUGGCGUUGUACACCAUGUUCCAAGGUGCUGCUGGUGUUGUCCACAACUACGGAAUUUCUGUCGGAAUCAGCUCAGUCGGCUACAAGAUCUGGGCCGUCUAUAUCUGCUACAACUUCAUCCAACUCAUCAUCGCUUACUUCGUCUUCCCUGAGACUGGAAAGCUCAACCUGGAGGAAAUUGAUCAUAUCUUUGAAACCAAGAACACUAAUCCUAUUAAGUUGAGUGUCAAGAUUGCAGAUGCCAAGUGGGCCUCGAUCAAGGAGGACAAGGUGCGCGCUCGCAACGGGACACUUGUGACUCACGUUUAA